AUGACUACCGAAGCUUCAGAAAACCAUCUAUCUUUUAUUCUAUCUGACGCUGCUUUUCCCCUCUCUUCUUUUUCAUAUUCAUUUGGUCUGGAGUCGUACUUGUCGCAUCAACCCCAAAGAACUACUAGUGCAUUUUUCGAUUUUCUGCCAUUGUCACUAAAUUCACUGUUGUACACAAAUAUGCCAACGGUUAAAGAAACAUGGGAGAAUCCGGAAGACUACCGGAAUAAAGAGACCUUUUUUGAAAGCACCCAGACUUGUACUAUCGGACAGAAGGUAUCGACCAUGCAAGGUAAAGCUUUACUGGGGGUGUGGACAAAAUCGUUUUCUGCCUAUGUAGCUUCUAAUAAAGAAGCAAAGCUAUUGACGGAUUACGAUUAUUUGGUCCGACAUGGAAAGGCACUCGGCCACUUUCCAGUGGUUUGGGGUAUGCUAUGCAGAACACUUGGAAUUUCUUUAGAAAGAACAUGUUAUUUAUAUCUAUUAAAUCAUGCAAAAUCUAUAUGCUCCGCUGCUGUUCGACUAGACGUAUUAAGUUCUUUCCAGUAUGUGUCCACUCUAGUACACCCCCAAACCGAAACACUUUUGCAAGAGUCAUUAAACAUACAGCCCAAUCUUGGUAUCCAUUAG